AUGGAAACUACAAAGGUUGAUGAUGUCAAAAAAUCUUCCAAAAGAAAGAUAACUCCAGCUCAAGUGACUGAUUGGGUGGAGCCAUCUUUUAGUGAUUUCUGUCAGAGUACAAAUCUGUCAUCUGCCAUUCUUCAUAAGGAAUCAUCUACGAAUAACUUUCAGAAGAGAAAAGAGCAUUUCCCUCUGCUAGAAAGUUGGAAAAGUGGGAAGAAAAAAAGAAAGCCAUCUACUACAGAUGAGAGAGAUAGAUUUUUCAAACAAAAUCACAGUCAAACUGAACCAUGGGUGGAUAAAUACAAACCAAAAACUCAGAAUGAGCUUGCCACACAUAAGAAGAAAACUGAAGAAGUUGAAGCAUGGUUUAAAAGUCAUAUGGUUCAAAGACAGCCCAAACAGGGAGGCUCCAUUUUAUUAUUAACAGGUCCUCCAGGAUGUGGAAAGUCUGCAACUGUGGAGAUAUUAGCCAAGGACCUUGGCAUUCAAGUGCAAGAAUGGAUAAAUCCCAUAUCUCUAGACUUCAAGAAAGAUGACUUUCAAGAUGCUUUGAGCCAUGAAUCCGAUUUUCAGAUACUUCCUUAUCAGAGCCAAACUGCCCUCUUUCAAGAGUUUCUGUUAAGAGCAAACAAGUACGUCAGGCUUCAGAUGGUUGGCGAAUCCAUGGAAACUGACAAAAGACUUAUUCUUGUGGAAGAUAUGCCAAACCAUUUUUAUCGUGACCCAAGCAGUUUUCAUGACAUUUUGAGGAGGUUUGUGCGGACAGGCAGAUGCCCUCUUGUGUUCAUAAUAUCAGAUGGCUUCAGUGGAGCCAGCAACCAAAGGUUUCUAUUCCCAAAGGAGAUUCAGGAAGAGCUAUGUAUAGCUAAUAUUAGUUUUAACCCAGUGGCUCCAACGGUAAUGAUGAAAGUUCUAAAUCGAAUAAUGGCAGCAGAGAGCAAUACGCAUGGAGAAAAAAAUGAUGUCCCUGAAAAAGCCUCAUUAGAAUUGAUUUGCAAAGGAUGCUCAGGUGAUAUUAGGAGUGCAAUAAACAGUCUUCAGUUUUCUUCUUUGAAAGGGUACUCAUCAGAGAACAGAUUGUGGUCACAGAGAAAAAGGAAUUCUGCAUUAAAAUGUGAUACAUUAUCUAAAGUAAAGAAGAAAAAGAAAGAUGGUAGCCAUUUAGAAAACCUGGAGGUACAAGCUAUUGGUGGCAAGGAUGCCUCCAUCUUCCUUUUCCAUGCUUUGGGGAAAAUACUUUACUGCAAAAGAGAACCAGCAAAAGAGUCAGACUUUCUUCAGUUACCUGUUCAUUUAUCAGAAUAUGAGCGAAAUCCUUUGCUUGUUCAACCUGAGGAUGUCAUCAACAAAUCACACAUGCCUGGAGAUUUAUUUAAUUUAUACCUUCACCAAAACUAUGUGGACUUUUUCUCUGAUAUAGAUGAUCUUGUGAGAGCCAGUGAAUAUUUGAGUACUGCUGACUUCCUUUGCAGUAACUGGGAUGCACGACCUACGCUACGGGAGUAUAGUGCAUCUGUGGCCACAAGGGGUGUGAUGCAUUCAAACAGAGCCAGAGCCUUUGCCCAGAGCAAAGGAAGAAUGGGAUUUCGACCCCUACAUAAACCUCAGUGGUUUCUAAUUCAUAAAAAGUAUCAAGAAAACUGCAUUGCUGCAAAAUCCCUCUUUUCAAGUUUCUGUUUACCACCACUGUGUCUUCAGACCCAGCUAUUACCUUAUCUUGCCAUGCUGACAAAUCCAAUGAGAAACCAAGCUCAGAUUACUUUUAUUCAGGAUGUUGGAAGACUUCCUUUAAAGAAAUACUUUGGAAGGUUGAAGCUUGAAACUCUUACUGAUAAGGAUUCUGCAAUACAAGCCCUGGACAGUGAUGACGAAAGGGAUUUUGCUGAGAGGCAGUCCACAAAUGUGCUUAUCCCAAUCCAGAAAAACAAAAUAAUUGAGGAGAAUGGAACAGAUGAAUUAUCUCUUCAUUUCAGUCAGUCUAGUGCACAUGAACUGCCAUGCAGUCAGACUCAGCCUAUUGCAGCACAAGCAAUCAUGGAGGAAGAUGAUCUAAAUAUAGAAGAAUAUGAUAGCGACUGAACUUUGUAAAAUUGCAAUCCCAAAGCUGUGAUAGUGCUUAACAUUACAAUUUUAGUUUUGAUAUUUUAUAAGGUUUCAAAUGUAUGGAGAGUGCUAGUGAUAACCUAACUGUUGACUUUUCUGCAGGUUAUGGCUUAUUUGUCAGGAAUUCAUAUUAGGUAGUAUCUACUUGGAAGAUAGGUGACUCUACACUAUAAAGUAGGGGUGGCCAACUUGUGGCACUCAAGAUAUUUUGAGCUACAAUUCCCAUCAGCCCUCACCAUUGGCUACGCUGCUUAGGGCUGAUGGGAAUUGUAGGCUAAAACUUUUGGAGGGGGUCGGGCUCCCCAUCCCCCCUGUUAAAGUAUCAACUGUGUAUACUGCAAUUCAGGAUGUUGUGGUCUUUCCAUAAAAGUCGCAUGGAAAUGAA